AUGUUCAUACUCAUAUUUCCAUUCACGGGGACCUUAGAGGCAGGAUUAAAUGAGCAGUUGACACCAGUAGUUCAGCCACCACCAGCUGUGGCAAAACCAAGCGGCAAUACACAUCAUUCGAUCGAAACCCUUGUUGUUGUCCUAGCUGUGAUCACUAUAGUAGCUGUUGUUGCAGGGAUUAUUGCUCGGUUAUGCGGUGGGCGACAUUUUGGCGGCAAUGGAGAGCAUAACAUAGAAGGUUGGGUAGAGAGGAGAUGUAGGAGUUGUAUCGAUGGCGGAGUACCCGUCCCACGGCCCCCACCGGAAGUGCCAAAGCCAGCAGCAGCAGCAGAAGAGGCAAAGAAUGCUAGUCUUCAUCAUAUGACUGAAGCAUAUCUUUUGGAUUCGAUUAAAGUUAGACCAUCAGUGCCGGGACCAUGGGAUUCAUUGGCACUUCAUGUACGUACCGGAUUUUCCACUAACAGUCUGCAGUAA